AUGGCGCGCGCCGCCGCGGCCGAGGGCAAAAUGGCUGCGGGCGCCCAGCUCGAGCCGAUACGGACCUGGUUCUUUCAUGCCAGGCAGCAGUUGCAGCGCCUCAUCGGGCGGUGGCACUCGCAGCCGGAGAAGGAGCGGGAGAAGCUCCUGGCGGACGAGAUCGAGGCGGUGACCGCUGUCAUAGACAAGGAGAAGGUCGCGCAGGAGCACCAGCUCAAGGAGAUCGCCAGGUGGGCCGAUGCGCAGGAGCAGCGGGUCGCGAAGCACCAGUACCAGCUGGACAAGGCGACCCGCGAGCACGUCGCGUCCAUCAGGGCGGAGCACCAGGUCGCUGUGAGGGGCCGGGUCGAGAAGCAGCACGCCAUCACCGAGAGCAUCGCCUCCUUCAUCUCGGGGCGCUACCGCGAGAAGAUGGACGCCCCGGCCUGA